CUGCGGCUAGGACACAUGGGCCGCUGGGCCCCCAACCACGUGGCCCCCAAGGCGCCGCCGCUUCCUGCCCGGCAGCCCCUGCUUCAGGCGAGCCCGCCCGCCGGAAAACUGAGGUAUCACGUGGUCCGCAGAGGCCAAUCAGCUGCGGCGGUUGGUGGGCACCGCCCCGCCCCGCUGUGCUGCGAGAUGGCGGCGCUGGGGGCUCGGCGGCUGCUGCGGCCCGGCCGGCGCUGGUUCUCGGAGACGGUGCCCGACGCCCCCGCGCCGCUCGCCGGCCCCCUCUACCCGCCCGUUGUGGCGUCCAUCACGGCCAAGAGCAAAGCGGCCAAGUCGCUACGCCUGCAGCGCUUCAACGAGCGGGUGCACGGCGCGGCCACGGUGGAGGAGAAGCUGCGGUUGUACGGGAAGCUGCAGCGGCCCAAGUACAUGGUGUACCCGCAGACCUUCGCCCUCAACGCCGACCGCUGGUACCGCAGUUUCACCAAAACCGUCUUAGUGCCGGGAAUGCCCCCGAGAGCUGCGGCCGCGAAACCCCCGAUAGCGGCGGCGGGAGCGGCAGAGAACGGCAAAGCCCCGGAGCCGAGCGCGGAGGCGCCGGGGGCCACGUCAGCCCCAGAGCUCUCGGCGGGAACCUCGCCGUAUCCGGAUAUGGGCGAGCUGCGCUCUCUCGCCUGCGACGCCCUUCUCCAGGAGAGCUUCUACCAGAAAAAGAAGCGGCCGUUCCUCUACCGUGACCAGGAUCACACACCCGGCCCCUUCCUCACGCAGCUCGUUUCCACUCUAGCCUCUUUCCUGUCCGGUCGCAACCCACUUCUGGCUGCUUCCUCCCUCGAUCUAAACCCUGAAGUUAAUUUUUACUGGCAUCAUGGUAACGAAGUUGUUGUUCACGGACAUCGAAAGGGUAGAGUUGAUCCUGUGCGAUUCCAAAUAGAUGAUAACCCCCACCUCCAGAUCCGUGUACCAAAGCAGCUUCCCGAGGUUGUACCCCUGGAGUCAGAUCUCGGGCAUGUUCCUGUUAUUGAUCACAAGCCAUCCAAACUGCCAUUGUUCAAAAAACAGUAUGAAAAUAAGGUAUUUAUAGGAUCAAAGGUUGCAGAUCCAUGCUGUUAUGGACAUACCCAGUUCCAUCUCCUUCCUGACAAACUGAGGCGGGAGAGGUUUAUAAAGGCGCAUCUUGAGGAUCAGAUUGAAGUUGUUUAUAGAUCAAAUGGAAUUGCAAGUCUCUUUGCCUGGACAGCAGCACAAGCAAUGUAUCAAGGAUUCUGGAAUGAAGCAGAUGUGACCCGUCCUUUUGUAUCACAGGCAGUAGUUACUGAUGGAAAAUAUUUCGCUUUCUUUUGUUACCAGCUAAAUACUUUAGCACUAACUUCAGAAACUAUUAAAAACAACCCUCGAAAGAAUAUUUGUUGGGGUACAGACAGUAAGCCACUCUAUGAUGUUGUGGAAGACGGUGAUGUGAAAGGCUUUAAUGAUGAAGUCCUGCUUCAGUUGGUUAAUUUUCUACUAAACAGACCAAAAGAGUUGUAAACCAUUAAAGUAAACAUAAAGUAUGUACCUGAACUUCAUUGUGACUCCAUGAAGUAUGAGCUAUGCUAUGCCUUGAUUUUAGUCAGGUAUUUGUCUAGCAAACAGUAUAUACAUAUUGUACGUUAUUUGGGCCUUCUUUCUUUUUUAAUGUAUAUUGUACACUGGCAAAUAAAUGGCUGUAAUACUGUAAA